AAAAUGCAAAGGUUGAAAACAUGGUUGCAAGCAAAUCUACCAUAAAGCGAUUAAACGCUUGUUUAAUUAAUAAUAGGCACACUACGUUCUAGUUUUUUCAUUGUUAUUUUCUUAUUUUAGUUCCGAACCAAUAUUUUUUUUGUAAUUUUUAAAUUAAACGGUUCAAAAUUAUACUUGGUGAUUUAAAUUUAAUAUAAGAUCCAGAAAGGGAGUGUUGUACUUACGAUCAUAUUUUUCUUCAGUAACUGUCGCUUGCGUUGCCUUAUCCAUUUUUCACCUUAGUUUUAGUGAUUCAUAAUUGAUCUAUUGUUAAUGUUUUUGUUGCAGUUUCGUUAAAUUUUGUGCUUUCACUCAGAACAGUGACGUGACACAUUUCGCUGUAAAUAAAUUUGGAAACUGGCCAGUUCUUUUGUGACACACUAUGACUACCUUGCAAUCAGAGGAUUGUCAAGCUAAUGACCCAAAUAACUUAUUUCCGAUAGCAAUUGAAUCAUUAAGGUUUCCCUUAGACAGUACCAUGCGAAUUAUAUUUACAGGAUAUUACAAUGGUUUUAAUGUUGAAGUAAGAUCUCCAGAGGAAAUGGCUAUGUUACAUCAUAUGGGUUGCUUUGGUAAAGGAUCCUUGUCUCGUUCUAAACCUAAAAUGUCACAAAAUAAUUGCCCGUGUAUUAUGCGUAAGAGGCAAUUCUUGAAACGAAAUGAUUGGCAUAAGAAAUUUGACCAAAGAUUGGAUAAUUCUGAUUCAGACACGUUUUUUAGAGAUAUUGAUGAAAUUACAGCAAAUAUAAUUAAGGACAGUAGCAAUAGUAGAAAAAGAGAUGUUAUUGAUUUAGUGUCUAGUGAUGAAGGUGAAAGUGUACACUCAGAAGGUGCACAAAACAUUGAUCAUCCAGUGUUAUUAGAUACAUGGGAUAAACAAGAUUUGGUUGUAAUAGUGCCUAAUAGUGAUUCUGAAGAAGACAAUUACUUUGAGAAAUUGAGACCAGAGUGUUGUGUGAAUAAAAUUAAAAUACAAGAGAAGUUGAUGUUAACACUUGAAGAGGCAUUCUUCUUAUCAUAUGGACUGGGUUGUUUACAGAUUCUAAAUAAUGAAGAAAAAGCAUUAAGUACUGAUCAACUCUGGGAACUCUUUAUGAAAACUGAGAAGCGAUUUAUUAAUAAAUAUGUAGUUUAUCAUUAUUACCGAUCCAAAGGUUAUAUAGUGAAACCCGGAGUUAAAUUUGGUGGAGAUUAUUUGAUAUAUAAAGAGGUUCCUUCAAUUGCACAUGCAGACUAUAUAAUUGUGAUUAGAAAUAACAUACAAAAAUUGGAUUGGGUGUCUGUUUUAUGCCACGUUCGAAUGGCAACAACAACAGUAAAAGAGGUUUUAAUGGUUGAAGUUUCUAAAUCUGAUGAAAAUUUGGCAGAAAUUCCUGAAAACCUAAGUGCAUACAACGUAAGGGAGAUAAUAUUGUCAAGAAAAAAUCCAUUUGCAAUAAACAAUGAUGAUUAAACAGGUUUUUGUAUUUACACUACUCGAGAAAUAUUGAUUAAUAACAACAUUAUAUCUAAUUCUAAAC